GCGAGAGAGAAAGCUAGCUCAUAUGGGUGAAGAAAAUUACCAACAUCCUAGGAUACACUGUACGGACACCUAAAUCGCUUGCCAAAUCAAGAAGAAGACAAUAGACGAAAGAUAAUGACACGAUUUGGGAAGUGUGUCGAUUAGAUUUGAGCAAAAUUUUCACAUUUUUUCUCCUGUGUGUAUUGCCGCUUCGUUGCGUUAUCCCGUGUGCAGCUUCCCGUCGCAAACGAAACAUUCUUCGGAGGUGGUUCGGGAUAGCUAACCCCGACAGAGGAUAAAAAUAAACCAUGAACAAGGAGGCAGCCGAGGACUGUGUUGAGCGGGCCGUGAAGUACCUGGCCGAAGGUAAAAUCGAGAAAGCGGAAAAACUACUAAACAAAUCGAUUACACUCCAUCGAACGGAACGUGCAGAAGAGCUGCUUAGCAAAAUAAAAUGUGGUGCGUACGCGGAAAGUGCCACGUCCGGCAACACGUCCGACGAUGGUGUACGGCAGCGAAACGCGGCGAAAGGUUCUGCACCGAAGGCGGAAAGUGGCAACGAGGCGGAAUACACACCGGAACAGCUGGACGCAGUGAAAAGGAUCAAGAAAUGCAAGGAUUACUAUGAAGUGCUGGGCGUAGCGAAGGAUGCGACCGAUUCCGACAUAAAGAAAGCUUACAAGAAACUUGCCCUUCAGUUGCAUCCGGACAAGAACCAUGCACCCGGUGCGGUGGAAGCAUUUAAAGCGAUUGGUAAUGCGGUCGCCAUCCUGACGGAUACGGAAAAGCGACGUUCAUAUGAUCUGUACGGUUCGGAAGAGCAUCAUCAACCGACGGCACGUAAAACGCGAUAUCAGUACGAUUAUGCGUACUCGCGCGGUUUCGAAACCGAGUUUACGGCCGAGGAACUGUUCAACAUGUUCUUCGGGGCGGAAAUUCCUACCCAGCACGUGUAUACACGCCAAAGACGGUUUCACCGAGCCGAACAGCAGCAGUACAGGGAGCCCCAAUCAGGGAUUGCCGCGUUCAUUAACCUGCUGCCAAUCAUACUUCUUAUCGCGUUGUCUAUGAUGUCAUCGUUUUUCAUUUCGGAUCCUAUCUACAGCCUUACGCCGAGCCAAAAAUUUUCGGUCGCACGCAAAACGAACCAGCUGAAGAUACCGUACUACGUGAAGGACAACUUUCACUCCGAGUAUCAGGGUUCGGUGGGCCGCCUAGAAGCUUCAGUGGAGGAGGAAUAUUUAAACAAUCUAAAGCAUUCCUGCUACCGAGAACGAAACUAUAAAGACACCAUGCUAAUGAAGGCACGAAACUUUGGCGACCGAGAGCUUUACCAUAAGGCGCAAAGCAUCAAUACACCGUCUUGUGAUAAAUUACAAAGUUUACACAACUAGUCAAAUGCAGCCAAAUCGUGGUUUUUCUACUACGACAGCUGAGCUAUUGUGCAAUACGGGGCCCAUUUUUUGCAACACCUGUAGUGCACACAAACACACACACACACACAUACACACAAAGCAGACAGAUACACACAUGCAUAGGACGGGACGUAUGGAUGUAACGCAGAGGUUAAUUGGUGCGCAUCCAUUUUCUACAGUGACCGGUAGUUUGUUGUUUGUUUUUAUUGAUGAUUGUAGGAUUGCAGGAUGCGGACAGGAUUGAAUGCUCGUUUUAGGUGAUGUUAAAUUCGUCCCUACUAAACGACAAUCUUUACAGGUCAAGGUAAAGGUAAUAGGUAAAAACCGUUUCAUCACGACGAUAUGUCGGCUACACGAUCGACAGUUUAGAUAAAAUCAGUGCGUGAUCUGGAGUGAUAGGUUUAAUGUUGUUUUCAGUUUUGGAUUUUUCGGGCAGCGGAAAAACCCACAGCAGAGGUACUAGCUAGUAAUGGCAUACAUGCUGCUUACGGAGAAAAACAGUUCACGAAAAAACAAACAUAAUUUAUCAGACCUUCCGCUGCGAGAUACCCCGAUUUGCGAAUAAUUUAUAGUAAAAAAAACUUACCUUCCUUCUUUGAAAUAAAUACAAAAUCAGCUCGAA